GAAUCGAUAACCCUAAUUUGACGAAGCCGUUUCCGGUGCUUUUGGCUCCUCUCACUAGUCGUAGUUUCUUCAGGUAUGUCGCGUGUGUAUGUUGGUAAUUUGGAUCCGCGAGUUACUGAGCGUGAACUCGAGGAUGAGUUUCGUGUCUUCGGUGUGAUCAGGAGUGUUUGGGUUGCUAGAAGACCACCAGGUUACGCUUUUCUUGAUUUUGAAGAUUCAAGAGAUGCCCGAGACGCUAUCCGUGAAUUAGAUGGCAAGAAUGGAUGGAGGGUAGAGCAGUCUCAUAACCGUGGUGGUGGUGGAGGUCGUGGAGGAGGCGGUGGGGGUCGUGGAGGAGGUGAUGGUGGUCGUGGUCGUGGUGGUUCUGAUUUGAAGUGCUAUGAGUGUGGUGAGUCUGGUCACUUUGCACGUGAAUGCCGCUCUCGUGGUGGUUCGGGUAGGCGUCGUAGCCGCAGCCGUAGUCGUAGUCCUCCUAGAUACAGGAAGAGCCCUACCUAUGGAGGACGGAGGAGUUACAGCCCUCGUGCUAGAUCUCCUCCUCCUCCAAGGCGUCGUAGUCCUUCUCCUCGUGGUCGUAACUACAGUAGGUCACCACCACCUUAUAGAGCACGUGACGAGGUGCCAUAUGCUAAUGGAAAUGGUCUGAAAGAUGUGCGCAGAAGCCGGAGCUGAGUGUUUCUUGCCUAGAUAGCAAGUUAUGGGAUCAGGAGACUACUGUUUGCUUGUGACGUCAAGAGGACAGGGAAAUUAGUAUCUGUGAAUUUCACUAAGAGAACAUGUUUUAGCUGUGUGGUGGAUUGGAUAUGCUUGCUACUUUUGAAUUCCUGGGAUGCUUCUUAUUGCGUUUGGAUUAUGAAGCCGUAGUUGUAUCUGCCGUUAGCUCUGAUGUUGUUGUCUUCAAAACCUCUUUGGUCUUUCUUUUCUUGAACUUAGAAUGGCCGAGGAGCUGCACUCGCUACUCUGGCAGGUACUUAUUACCUUGCAGGUUUGGAAGAAACUUGUCUUACGGUGCAGCAUGUGAAUAAUAGUAUAGAGUAUGUAGAAUGUCUCUGUUUGGUUUGAGGUGGGCACUUAUGUUCUCCUUUUAAGUCCAGGUCUGGCUAUCUACUGUCUGCAGAUAAACGCUCUAUCCCCAA